UGUACAAGGCCGUGUCAAGGAUAGGAUAUCUGCAAAAACAAUGAUUAAAAUAAUGAGAGUUCAAAGUUAUUUCAAUCGUAAUUCACUCCCAGUGAUUCUUCAGUGUGUUAAUCGUAUACAUAAUCGAACAUUAUCAACCACCUCAGAGCAACCAAAGCCUUUCAGCGCAAUUCCUGGAUUAGGCCCUUUGCCAAUUAUCGGCGGAUUACAUCACUUCCUGCCUGUAAUAGGAAAAAUUGGUUCAUCGGAAACAUUUGCAGACCUUACCAAAAAAUUGCACAAAGAGUUUGGUACUAUUGUCAGAUUGGAAGGUAUAUUCCCGAAAGCUGAUAUGGUUAUGCUAUAUGACCCAGAACAUUUCGAUCAGAUAUUCAGAGCUGAAGAGAUAAUGCCGUUGCGGUAUGGACUUGGAACUAUUACCCAUUACAGAGAAGUAUUACGAAAAGAGACAUUUGAGGGUGUCUACGGAUUACUUUCUGCACAAGGCCCAGAAUGGCGUGAUUUUCGCACAAAAGUGAAUCCAGCUUUGUUAAAGCCUAAACUUGUCAAAUUAUAUGCGCCAGGACUGGAUGAAAUUGCACGAGAAAUGGUGGCAAAAAUAAUAAAAUUAAAAGACGUCAAUAAUUAUCUGCAAAACAAUUUCGACUCUGAGAUGACAAAAUUUUCUUUAGAAUCCAUUGCCUUGGUAUGUCUCGGGACGAGACUUGGUUGCUUGAAAGAUAAUUUGCCAGGGGAUCAUCCGGCAGCACAGUUAAUAAAAUGCGUUACCGAUAGUGUGGACUUAAGUUUUAAAUAUGAAUUGAUGCCAAAUUUUUUGCAAAAAUACAAUACUCGUAUGUUUAAUAGAGUGAUGAAAUUAUUUGAUACACAAUGGGAUAUAAGUGCAAUGUUUAUUGCGCAAGCAAAGCAACGUAUCAAAGAAAGAGGUCAUGAUAUUCCAGAGGAGGAUAAAAGCGUGAUUGAGAAACUGCUAGCUAUUGAUGAGAAAGUGGCCGUUGUGAUGGCCAAUGAAAUGCUCAUGGCUGGGAUCGAUACGGUAGCCUUUGCAACAACUGCACUCCUUUACAGAUUGGCUCUAAAUCCAAAAGUGCAGGACAAGUUGCGAGAAGAAAUCCAGUCGCAUAACACAAACAGAAGAUACCUGAAAGCUUGUCUCAAAGAAAGCUUAAGAAUGAAUACUGUUGUAUCUGGUAAUUUAAGAAGGACUACGAGAGAACACUUUGUGGGUGGAUAUGUAAUUCCUAAAGGGGUUGAUAUUGUUGCAGCAAAUGACUACUUAUCAAUGUUGGAUAAGUAUUAUCCUAAAGCAUCUGAAUUUAUACCGGAACGAUGGUUAGCAGAUAAAAAUGAUCCUUUGUAUUAUGGGAACACACAUCCUAUGGUCAUGCAACCAUUUGGAUUUGGUAUUAGAAGCUGUAUCGGACGACGUUUAGCAGAAUUAGAGAUUGAAAUAUUUGUAGAAAGAAUGAUUAGUGAACUCAAAGUCAGUUGGGAAGGGCCACCAAUAAAAAUUGUUACCAGAAUCUUGAAUACUUUUAAGAAACCAUAUUAUUUUAAGUUUGAACCGAUUAAGUAGUUGUGUUCAGUUUUAGAAAUAAAAAGGGUAUUUUCAAAUAUUUAUAAAAUGGCAACAUUAUUUUUA